AUGAGUAGUGAUUCGGAUAACUCAUCUGUCUUCCAAGAUGAUCUUUCAGCCGAAGAAUUUGAAGAUGAACUCGAAGAUGAAGAUCUUGAAGAUGAAGGACUUCAAGAUGAAUUUGAACACAAGGAAAGCCUUGAAGAUGAAGGCCCUCAAGAUCAAUUCGAACCCGAUGAAGAAUUUUAUGAAAGCAACCAAGCCUUUCAUGAAGAAGAUGAUGUCAAUGUCUUUGUCACCGAGUCUCGUGAUCAGCCUCACCAAACUACCGCUUCCAAAUCUAAGAAGAAGAAAGAAGGUGUCAAGGGCAAGAAGACUUUUGGCCUUCCACAGGACCGCACUUCUUUCGAAACCUUUAUAGAUGCAGACACCACCCUCGACGAAGAAGGAUAUCCGUUUCUUCCAAAUGGAAAUACCGUGUAUGUUAGGCAGCCACAACAGCAACUUGCGAAUUGGGGCACAUUUGCCUACACCUAUACGACCUCUGGUGGCGGCACCAACAAUGGCAAAGCCAUCUGGCAAACCGUCAGAUUUAAGUGCUUAGGUGUUAUAGUCUGCGACAACCCAUCUUGUGACCACCUCGGCUCGCCUCCAACUGCAAAGGACAAGAGAGAUGAAUUUCACACCAAGCCUCAGAAGUGUGAUGCCGCACGGUGCCCUGGAUAUCUUCGCCACAUCACCUGCUCCAACACUUUAUGCCGUAUGGAUGAGCAUUGCCCCAGCGGCUGGGGUAUAAUCCGGCACUCUGGUGUCCAUCUUCAUCAAUGGCCUCGGCGACGAAUACCAGAUAAGCUUGCCCAGGUAAAAUUUGCCAAAAAGGUGGUAGAAAACCCGGAUGUAGGGCCAUUACGACUCAAAGUGGGACGAGCACCAGCAGGCAAAAAAGGGAUUGUUACAGCCUCUGCUAUUCAUCCGGCGUUUGGACAUAUUCAUCACGUUGGAUACUAUCGCCGCAAGAUCCUUUCAGACGCUGGAUUAAUUCCUGAAAAGAAUGUCCCAGGUGCCGGUGACAGCUUCCUUUUAGACAUGAUACAUUGGAUCGACAUUAUCUCGGCAUCCUUUAAGCGCAAAAACACACACUUGACUUUUCAAACCGAAUGGAUGGCACAGCAGCUAUUGUCACGCGAUGAGUACAAACAAGUAUACGCCGGUGGCCUUCUUUCUGACGUAACCUACAAGUUUUUUGCAAAUGGUUAUCUGCUAUCAACAUCGAUGUAUCACGAGGACCUCUGUCAAUGGAUCCCAAUCCAAAUGACUUGGUUGAAUGGCCUGUCGGAGGAGCACUACCGCGCCCACUUCACCACCCUUAUGGAACAAAUGCGAGAUGCCGAACUGACUACCGAGGAAUGCGAUACACUCGUCCGUCAGGUUGUCGAUUUCUCUGUGGCACAGAAGAAUGGUUUCAUAAUGGCGUACAUGGAUGUCUUCCAAGAGAAUGAUCGUGAAGUCGCACUAGACAAAAUGAAAGGGUGCCAUGAGCAUUUUCGAGCUCAGGUCACCAGAGUCAAGAGAAACCGUGCAAUUAUUCCAGCAGGCAUUACUAAUUCAAUUGUCCCUCUGUGUAUCAUUGCACAGAGUUCAUUUGAACACGACGCUCUUGAUCUUUUGAAACCAGGCAAGCCCGGGGGUCACACCUUUGAUCAGAAGAUUGCUCUAUUACGAAAGGCCUACCCUAAAGCGAAGAAAUGGUUGCAAUGGUGGCAGGCUUCAGACAUCAAAGCAAUGCUUUUCAAAUCAAGCGGCAACGAACACUUACCGGCCACAACCAACGCGCAGGAGUCACUGCAUCGGGUUUACUACAUGAUAUGCGAAGGGAACUGUACUGUUCAAAUAGGUCUGGUGCAGUUGUUUGCGUUGGUGCAGAGUCUUGAAAGGGACCACGUGGACCGGAAAAAUGGUGUAUCAAUUGAGUACGGUGGCAAGAUGAAGAACUACAAGAAAGUCGCUCAAACCCUAGGAUGGGCCAAGAAGAAGCGCCGUCCCAAGAGGCUUGGACGACCUAAAGGGUCUCUUAAUGUAGAUCGCAAUCCUGUGACUACUUAUCAGGGAUUUGUAGCUUCUAAUACCCAGGGACGUCGAAACCGGUGCUGGCUCAAUGCCAUGACAGAGUGCUUGUAUGCAUUGCAUACGCCACUUUGGUACAGCAGAUCUAAGGGGAAAUCAGAACAUAUCUUUACCCAUCUUAUGAUCUUUUUUUCUUCUCGCUCUACAUGGGAAAUGUGCGAGAAAGGAUCAAUCAAGACCAUAUUAACCAGCGGUCAAAACACGCUCCAUGCUGCUAUUCAGAAGAGAGCUCCUGGAAGCUUCGAAUACGAUGCCAUGGCUUCUGCUGAUGGAUACUUUGAUGGAAUCUUCGAUCGGGAAACUAGACCACAUUAUCCUGUGUCGCCUGCUAUCACCAAAAAGUUGUUUCAAGUUGGCCACAGGCGCAAGCUUGUCUGUCCACAGAACUCUGAACAUCGCACCAUCGACACGCUCAGUUGUAACAAGAUCACUUUGACGGAGGCGACGUUUGGCGACGAAUUUUCUUACGCUCAGACCCCAGACCUGCUUCAGCAAUGGUGUUCUGAUACUGGGCUUCGUCGAACAUCGGCACGACAUUGUAGACUCUGCAAGAACAAUAAACCACGGUCUGAUUUGAACAAUCCUGAAUCUACGGCUUAUGGCGAAAAGUCUCAAAUAAUAUUUGAUCCUCCUCCGCCUCACCUACAUAUAUCAAUCGACGUUGGAUGGUUAUUGCAAUCUCGCCGCGAAGAAGCAUUCACAAUGAUGGCCGAUUGUGACUUUCCAUAUGAAUUAAUCCUGCAUGGUGUCACAUACUGGAUACGUGCGCGUGGUUAUUGGGGAGGCAAUCACUUUUGGUGUAAGGUGGUACGAACAGUGGGUGGCGUAGCCGGUGUGUGGCUUGCAAAUGAUCAGGUUAAUGCUGGACUCGCGAGGUUGGUCUCUACAAAACUUGAAUCCAUUGGAGGUCCUUCGCCUAAUACAUCCUGGGUCAUGUAUUCUCGGUCACCUACAGAGGAAGAAUCAUCUAUAAGCCAGACUGCGGAUGCAAAGAUCAAAAAAGCGUUGGGCAAAAAGCUUGUAGUUAAUCAACCUUUUUCGCAACCCGAGUUACUUGAAGAAACCAGAGAGAUGAACUCUGAAGAAGAAGAAUUCAAUAUUCAAUCCGAAGAAGACCUAGAGCAUGAAUAUGAAGACCAAGAUGAAGCUCCUUUGGCCAAAAGAGCACAUACUACUAAUGUCAAGCGGCAGAUAGACUACAUCUUUUCCUCUGAUGGAGAAGACGCCAAAAAGCCUGAUGAAAAGCCUGAUCAAAAGCCUUUUCAAAAGCCUGGUCAAAAGCCUGGUCGAAAGCCUGGUCGAAAGCCCUUAAGGGAAUCCGAAGUUGUAGUUGUUCCUGAAGAAAAUAUAGUAGAUGACAGCCUUUUGCAAAGUGUGGAGCAAGAAGCACCAGCCUUGGUGGGUAAUACAACCUCACCGAAGGUUCCUGUUCCCGUGGUAUCCCGGCCAAAUUGUAAGGUCAAACAGCAGAACAUUGUAUCAACAGAUGCAGUUGCAGAACAGGUUUCAAGAAAAAGGAAAAAACCAAAAGGUUGGAAAGGUUGGGAAAUUGUGGUAGAACCUGAGAUGGAGAGCAAAGAUGAUGCUAUCCAGGAGGCUCUGGAUGAAAAAGAGGAAGAACAAAAUACUGCACGGAGGUCAAAACGUGCAAAGUGUAAGAAAGCUUAG